UAAGAUUCUUAGAAACCCACACUCUCGAACACAACCGAGUACGAGGAAAUAGAUGUCUACUUGAAGGGUUGAACCAGUCAUAUGGCCUCAGCAGAUUUACCACACCCCAAGAUGGAUGUAGAUGAUGAUUAUGACAGCGAGGACGACGACGAGGAUGAUGACUUUAACUUGAUCCAGCCAUCACUGUUCCAACAAAUAAAAACAAUACUCGAUCAGUAUCCAGAUGAUGGACAGAUAUUGAAGGAGCUUAUUCAAAAUGCCGAAGAUGCACGUGCAAGCCACGUGAAGUUUCUUCACGACAAACAUAUUUAUAGCGCUCGAGAAGAGAAGCUGUAUAGCAAAGGGCUCAGUCAGUUUCAGGGGCCUGCACUUUAUGCAAACAAUGAUGCAAAGUUCACUAAAGACGAUUGGAGAGGCAUACGAAUGCUUAGCGACAGCGUCAAAGUCAAGGAUCCAAUGAAAGUUGGUCGGUUUGGCCUAGGUUUCAAGUCUGUCUUUCAUCUGACAGACUUACCAAGUAUCCUUAGCGGCACAAAAAUUGGUUUUAUCGACCCCCACGAGGAUCACUUCAAUAAAGGACCAAGAGAAAGGAGAACGGGAUACCGUUGGCACCUACGCAAAAGCAGUGAAAAUAUGAACGCAAUACCUGAUCAAUUUCUUCCCUACAAAGGAAUAUUUGAUUGCACCGAGGAAGUCUUUUCUGAGGGAUGUUACAGAGGAACGUUGUUCCGCUUUCCGUUACGUACCAAGCCAUCUGAGCUGUCCCAAACAUUGUACUCCGACGAAAAAGUGGAUCAUCUGUUUAAGAGUUUUUUCACCGAUGCGCACCUUGUGCUCCUGUUUCUUCGACACUUAGAAUCUGUAGAACUUUUCGUCCGAGAGGAGUCAGAAUCCGAGCCAAGAAAAGUAUUCCAAGUUCAAAUCAGUCAUGAAAAUCUUGCAUUCGUUCGUGAGAAGAGAAAAGAGUUCUACAAUGCGAUUAAACCUGGAGAGCGCAUGGCAGAACCUGUGACAGUGACAUAUCCAAUUACAAUGGUAGUGCAAUCUUCAUAUGGAAAGACAGAACGUCAUUCUUUUCUCGUGACGAGUUUAUGCAGCGGAGGAGAGGUCUCGUCCAAGUUCGAAAAGCUUCUGACAGACAAAGAGCUAAGUUAUCUACCUUCAGUCGGCGUAGCAAUGGCAAUUCCUUCAGAGUCCACUUCAGAAUCGCCCAACAUCCAAGGCCACGUGUUUUGCGCUCUCCCUUUGCCGUUGCAGAAAAAGAGCUUAACUGGUCUUCCUGUGCAUGUGAAUGGGUUUUUUUCAUUAAGUCAGAACAGACGACACAUAAAGACACCAAAUGCAGAUCAAGAGGAUCGAGAGAAACUAACUGACAAGUCUUUGUUAUGGAACACCUGCCUUAUAGAAGAAGUUCUACCUCAAGCGUACUCCACAUUGAUAAAGGAGGCCACUGAUCAAAGGAGCUAUAAUGUUCCACCAGAUGCAAUUUACAGGGCUUGGCCAAAUUGCGACAACGUGGAACCAGCUUGGAAAAGACUUCAGAAUCCCUUGUUCCAAUCAUUGAUUACUGAAAAAGUAAUAUACACUCUUGCCAGUGGGGGGCACUGGCUGAAGGUUGAUGAAGCUAUACCUAACCGAAUUAAAGAAGAGCGGAUGAGAGAGCUGAUCGUGCGGGUUCUCCUUCUAGCAAAUCGGAAUGUUACCUCUUUGCCUGACCACGUAGUAAGCGCCAUAGACCAGUAUGCAGCUUUCUCUUCAGAAGUCACACCCUACUUGAUGCGCAGAAUCUUCAAGGAAAUCCCUGCUUGCUACAAAAGUCUCAGCUGCAAGGAAAAGUUGUGCCUUUUAAGCUUUGUCCUCGAAGAUGACAACUUUCAAGAGUUGGUUGACCUUGAACUCUUGCCUGUGUCUGACGGGACCUUCAAAUCCUUUACAAGCUCCAGCGAAGCAGUUUUCAUCGCCUCGCCCGAGCAUUCCCAAGAGCUGGUGCCUGGCCUAAAGGGCAGAUUUCUUGAUCAAGAUAUUCAUGAGAGAAUUUUAGGAAAACUUAAAGCUGCAGCUGAAAACGGAUGCACUCAGUUACGACUUUUUCGCAAAGAAGAUGUACCUUCUCUAAUAAGGGAAGCCCUACCUCAAGAAUUGCUCGCCACUGACAAGGUUCUGUGGUACCCCGACGAUCAAAAGUAUAGCCAUCCCCACAGAGAUUGGCUCAGUGGUGUCUGGCGCUACAUAAGAGAAAAUUAUUCCACUAGGGAUGAACUCGCCAGCCUUGGUGCAUACAAGCUCCCUUUGAUCCCUGUAGAUCUCCAGCAAGUCCCUGUGACCUUAGUUUCACUGAAGAAAGCGUCUAAAGUUGUUGCAGAAAGCCUCAACGAUGACCACCUUGAUGGUGCUGUAGUGAACGCAUUGAUAGAGCUGGGUGUGGUGGUAAUGCGCGAGUGUCCUAUAAAACUCCAUCCGGAGUUAACAUGGACAUUUGUCCAUCCGCCUUCGAUCUCAGGCGUCCUACAAGCCAUGAUAGAUUCUUCCUCUUUGUUGAGCGAGGGAAUGUUUUCUGCAAUCAUGCUAGGCAAGGUGAAUGAUGCCUCUAAACGCUCCUUUAGGAAAUUCGUCACGAAAGUUUCAUCAUUUCAAAAAAAAGACAAGAAAUUUAUUUCUAAGCUCCCAAUUUUUGAGACUUUCUCUAAUAGGUUUGUGGCAAAGAAUGAUUACCUUUUUGCAGCACCAGAGGAAAUGCCUCCGAUUACUCCUCAAAGAGAGCUCAUUAACAUUAGAGAGGAAGAUUCAAAGAAGCUAGCGCGACUUCUUGACGUCAGAAUUUUAACAAUGACUGAGUUGCUUUGUGAAAAUAUUCUUCCCGACAUCAACCACGGGCAUUACUCGGGAGAGGAGAUUGACGGCCUAAUCUCGUUUCUUAUGGAGCGAUAUAAACUUCUUGUAAGAGAGGAUAGCAAUUUUGAAGAAAAGAUGAAAGAGUUACACUUUGUGCCAAAUAACACUGGAAGAGUGAAAGCUUCAGAUCUGUUUGAUCCCCAAAGUGACCUGACAAAGGCCCUUUUUGCUGAGGAAGACGUUUUCCCAGUAAGAAGCCAAUAUACUGACUUAUCAGUCCUCGCCAUUCUAAAGGAAAUUGGCAUGAAAACCGAUGAAAUGAUCACCGCCCAAGACCUUUACCAGAGUGCCGUUAAGAUCGAGAACCACACAAGCCUUUCAACAGCAAAGAAAAAGUCUCACGCACUUAUGGAAUAGUUUAGCAAAAAUCCGCUCAUA